AAAACCUGUUUAGCAAUGGCAAUAACGGGGAGCCAAGUUGCUGAGCACAUUCUGAUUUCUGUUCGUUGGACAAAAUGAAUUAACUUACUCAUGAUGUCUGAAAAACGCCAAAGACCGAGCAUGGAAACUAAAGCCACCACCGACACUCUGUACAGUCAACUCCCAUUGUCAGUUAAAAUACAUGGCCAUGAAUUAGGACUCAAGCCAAUCAAGAAGCAAGGCUUUGUGACAGCGUUCCUGGAGAAGCACCUACCAGUGCGUAGACUACAGCAAGGGGAGGGUGACCUCAGUCACAAGGUGGAGUUCCUGGAUGCCAGGAAGAGAAAGAAGGUUAAGGAGGCCUGUGUUGGAAAGAAAGGACUCUCAAACAAGGACAGGAAGCGACUCAAACUGUUUGACAUCAAGAAGGAUCAACAAAAGUAUGAGGAUUAUCUCCCCCUGCACGCCCUGUGGACAAGCUAUGUGAAAGAUCUCAUAGACUUCCAGCAAUUGAAUGAAAAGAACCACAUGACAGCCACUGUGAAGUUUAUGAAAGCUGACCUCCAUGGCUGCAUCAUCACAGUACAAAGGUCCAAGUGUGCAUCCUAUGUGGGUACCACUGGGAUAGUGUUGAAGGAAUCUCGCAACAUGUUUCAGAUCAUCACAACUGACAACAGAGUCAAAGACAUCCCCAAGCGGAACAGUGUGUUCACUGUGAAGGUGGAGGGGUUUCGAUUCACUGUACAUGGUAACCAUUUCAAGGUGAAGACUGCCGAGAGGCCAAGUCGCCGCUUCAAGAGUAAAGCCACUAUUGACCUGUGAAAGUCUGUUAACAUGGUUAAGUCCAAUUAAACUCAGGAACUGAUGCCAUAUGAAGUAAAGGCUUCAGUGUGGCUUGCUGUGUUACUUUAUCAUGUAAUGUAUCCAGUUAUUGCCUUGAGCAAAGUUUCUUUUUCUGAAUGAAUGGCAGCCUUUCCAACUAACUGAAGUGGGCCAUAAAAUGUGAAUGUGAUAUGUCACAUAGACAAUAAUAUGUGAUAAUAACAAAGGCAGUGGAAUCCUCAGACUGUUAUGUGUAGCAUGUGUUCUAUCCCGAACUGUAAUGUCUGGUGAAUAUGUGAUCUGGCAGUCUUUAGUUUGUUGUUUAAUGCCGCGCUCAGCAAAAUUCCAGCUAUAUGGCAUUGGUCCGAAAAUAAUUCACUCGUGCCAGACAAUCCCAUGAUCAGCAUCAUGAGCAUCGGUCUAUGCAGUUGGGAUAUGAUGACAUGUGUCAAGCAAGUCAGCGAGCCUGAUCAUCCGAUUCUGUUAGUCACUCUCACUUCUUCCGAUAAGCAUGGGUUACAGAAGACCAAUUCUAACCCUGGAUCUUCACGGUCUCUGGCAGUCACUACAGUGGGCCAUGGACUGACAUAUGUCUCCAUUACUUACCAACUGGUUUAUAAAGCAAACAACAAUUUAAAAAUAAUCUGUUUAUUUCAGAUAGUAUACAAAAAUAGAGUAGAACAAUAAUCAUGAUAAUUAUCAAAAUCAACUGCAUGGACAAAUAUUAAUACAUGCAAUAAAAAAAAAUGUGUUGCAUGCAUAUGUACAUGUUAAAAUUUAUGUAUUAAAUGAAAGUUUGUUAAAAGGUA